UUCGGGUGACAACGGUCAGAGAUGAAGGUGGCCGCGGCGCAGCGGGAAGCUCAGCUGCGCGGAGCGCGGUUGGCAGCCAGGCCGCUCCUGUAGGACCCCCGGGCCGGGGUGACGGGAUGGGGACCCGACUCGGGUAGUGAGACGCCUGCGAGCGGAACUUCAGCCGGAGGGGCUCGCUUGCUCCCAUCAGACUCGGCGACCUCCUCCACCUGCUGCCGCUGGGCCCCGCGUCUGGCGGGCCACGACGGCGUCGGCGACGGCGACGGCAUGUGGCGCUGGGUCCGGCAGCAGCUGGGUUUUGACCCACCACAUCAAAGUGACACAAGAACUAUUUACAUAGCCAACAGAUUUCCUCAGAAUGGCCUUUACACACCUCAGAAAUUUAUAGAUAAUCGGAUCAUUUCAUCUAAGUAUACUGUAUGGAAUUUUGUUCCAAAAAAUUUAUUUGAACAAUUCAGAAGAGUGGCAAACUUUUAUUUUCUUAUUAUAUUUUUGGUUCAGCUUAUGAUUGACACACCUACCAGUCCAAUUACCAGUGGACUCCCAUUAUUCUUUGUGAUAACAGUAACUGCCAUAAAACAGGGAUAUGAAGACUGGUUACGCCAUAACUCAGAUAAUGAAGUAAAUGGAGCUCCUGUUUAUGUUGUUAGAAGUGGUGGCCUUGUGAAAACUAGAUCAAAAAACAUUAGGGUGGGUGAUAUUGUCCGUAUAGCCAAAGAUGAAAUUUUCCCUGCAGAUUUGGUGCUUCUGUCCUCAGAUCGACUCGAUGGUUCAUGUCAUGUUACAACUGCCAGUUUGGAUGGAGAAACGAACCUGAAGACACAUGUGUCAGUUCCAGAAACAGCAGUAUUACAAACGGUUGCCAACCUAGACAGCCUCAUAGCUGUGAUAGAAUGCCAGCAGCCAGAAGCAGACUUAUACAGAUUUAUGGGACGAAUGAUAAUAACUCAACAAAUGGAAGAAAUUGUAAGACCUCUGGGACCAGAGAGUCUCUUGCUUCGUGGAGCCAGAUUAAAAAAUACAAAAGAAAUUUUUGGUGUGGCUGUGUACACCGGAAUGGAAACGAAGAUGGCAUUAAAUUACAAGAGCAAGUCACAGAAACGAUCUGCAGUAGAAAAAUCAAUGAACACAUUUUUAAUAAUUUAUCUGAUAAUCCUUAUUUCUGAGGCCAUCAUCAGUACUAUCUUGAAAUAUACCUGGCAAGCAGAAGAAAAAUGGGAUGAACCUUGGUAUAACCAAAAAACAGAACAUCAAAGAAACAGUAGUAAGAUUCUGAGAUUUAUUUCUGAUUUCCUUGCUUUUUUGGUACUCUACAAUUUCAUCAUUCCAAUUUCUUUGUAUGUGACUGUUGAGAUGCAGAAAUUUCUUGGAUCGUUUUUUAUUGGCUGGGAUCUUGAUCUAUACCAUGAAGAGUCAGAUCAGAAAGCUCAAGUCAAUACUUCUGACCUGAAUGAAGAGCUUGGACAGGUGGAAUACGUGUUUACAGAUAAAACUGGGACACUGACAGAAAAUGAAAUGCAGUUUCGAGAAUGUUCAAUUAAUGGCAUGAAAUACCAAGAAGUCAAUGGUAAACUUGUACCUGAAGGACCAACCCCAGACUCCGCAGAAGAAAGCUUAUCUUACCUUGGUAGUUUAUCGCAUCUCAACAACUCAACACAUGUCACAACCAGUUCUUCUUUUAGAACCAGUCCUGAAAGUGAAACUGAACUAGUGAAAGAACAUGACCUCUUCUUUAAAGCCGUCAGUCUUUGCCAUACUGUACAGAUCAGCAGUGUUCAAACUGAUGGCAUUGGGGAUGGUCCCUGGCAGUCCAACCUAGCACCUGCACAGCUGGAGUACUAUGCAUCUUCACCAGAUGAAAAGGCUCUAGUGGAAGCUGCAGCAAGAGCUGGUAUCAUAUUUAUAGGCAUUUCUGAAGAAAGUAUGGAGGUUAAAGUACUUGGAAGACUGGAAAGGUACAAAUUGCUUCAUAUUCUGGAAUUUGAUUCAGAUCGUAGGAGAAUGAGUGUAAUUGUUCAAGCACCUUCAGGUGAGAAACUUUUAUUUGCUAAAGGAGCAGAAUCUUCAAUUCUCCCUAAAUGUAUAGGUGGAGAAAUAGCAAAAACCAGAAUUCAUGUAGAUGAAUUUGCUUUGAAAGGACUGCGGACACUAUGUAUAGCUUAUAGACAGUUUACCGCUAAAGAGUAUGAUGAUAUAGAUAGGCGCCUGUUUGAGGCCAGGACUGCCUUGCAGCGACGGGAAGAGAAGCUGGCUGAUGCCUUCCAGCACAUUGAGAAAGACCUGAUUCUGCUAGGAGCUACAGCAGUGGAAGACAGACUUCAAGAUAAAGUUCGAGAAACUAUUGAAGCAUUGAGAAUGGCUGGUAUCAAAGUAUGGGUGCUUACAGGAGACAAACAUGAAACAGCUGUUAGUGUGAGCUUAUCAUGCGGACAUUUUCAUAGAGCUAUGAAUAUCCUCGAACUUAUCAACCAGAAGUCAGACAGUGGAUGUGCUGAACAGUUGAGGCAGCUUGCCAGGAGAAUUACAGAAGACCAUGUGAUUCAGCAUGGGCUGGUAGUAGAUGGGACCAGCUUAUCUCUUGCACUCAGGGAGCAUGAAAAGCUGUUUAUGGAAGUUUGCAGAAACUGCUCAGCUGUGUUGUGUUGCCGCAUGGCACCUUUACAGAAAGCAAAAGUAAUAAGACUGAUAAAAAUCUCACCUGAGAAACCGAUAACAUUGGCUGUUGGUGAUGGUGCUAAUGAUGUCAGCAUGAUACAAGAAGCACAUGUUGGCAUAGGAAUCAUGGGUAAAGAAGGAAGACAAGCUGCAAGGAACAGUGACUAUGCAGUAGCUAGAUUUAAAUUCCUCUCCAAAUUACUGUUUGUUCAUGGUCAUUUUUAUUAUAUUAGAAUAGCUACCCUUGUACAGUAUUUUUUUUAUAAGAAUGUGUGCUUUAUCACACCCCAAUUUUUAUAUCAGUUCUACUGUUUGUUUUCUCAGCAAACACUGUAUGACAGCGUGUACCUGACUUUGUACAAUAUCUGUUUUACUUCCCUGCCUGUUCUCAUAUAUAGUCUUUUGGAACAACAUAUAAACCCUCAUGUGUUACAGAGCAAGCCUACCCUCUAUCGGGACAUUAGUAAAAACCGUCUCUUGAGCAUUAAAGCAUUUCUUUACUGGACCAUCCUGGGUUUCAGCCACGCCUUCAUUUUUUUUUUUGGAUCCUAUUUUCUCGUGGGGAAAGAUACAUCUCUGCUUGGAAAUGGCCAGAUGUUUGGAAACUGGACGUUUGGUACUCUGGUCUUCACAGUCAUGGUUAUUACGGUCACAGUAAAGAUGGCUUUGGAAACUCAUUUCUGGACCUGGAUCAACCAUCUUGUCACUUGGGGAUCUAUUAUAUUUUAUUUUAUAUUUUCUUUGUUUUAUGGUGGGAUUCUCUGGCCAUUUUUGGGCUCCCAGAAUAUGUACUUUGUAUUUAUUCAGCUCCUGUCAAGUGGACCGGUGUGGUUUGCCAUACUCCUCAUGGUUGUUACUUGUCUGUUCCUUGACGUUGUGAAGAAAGUGUUUGACCGACACCUUCAUCCAACAAGUACAGAAAAGGCACAGAUGUACUCCAACACAGUUGCUUUAAGUGACGAGUUCAUCGCACUGCAGCCUUUGUCGAGGGCAAGGAAUCAGCUGAGCAAACUUAGCUUGCUGAAGCACAUUCAAGUGUCAAGUGCUUGGACUCCAUGUGCUGUUUCCCAGGAGAGACCCCAUGCACGUCUGUUGGAAGAAUGCUGGAGCGAGUCAUAGGAAGGUGUAGUCCCAACCAUAUCAGCAGGUUGUGGAGUGCGUCGGAUCCUUUCUAUACCAAUGACAGGAGCAUCUUGACUCUCUCCCCAAUGGACUCAUCUACUUGUUAAAGGACAGGAGAACUCUGUGGGGACAAGUUCCCUGUCCUCAGAUUUGGGGUCAUUCUAUAAGAGGCCACACUGGCUCUGAAGUUACUGUCUGAAAUCUCUGGAGGAGUUGAGAGCUUCUUGGAGUUCGCAGGAAACAGGUCUUCUCCAUUCUCUUUCAUUUGAAUGUGAGCUUACUAAAAUUUGGAAAUAAAGAGAUACUUCCAAUCUCUUUGUUUGGUUUGUCCCUUCUGCUCAAGGGACUUCUGGUGGCAUUACAGCCUUUGCUGGAGCCACUAUACUUUAAUAUCAAGAUAGAAGAAAAGGGUAACUCCUGGGUGUGUGUAUUUUUAGGAUUAGUAUGGUUUGGGACUCUUCUAUUUAAAUCUGCUUCUGUAAAUUAUGCUAAAGAUUUGCCUUGAGAGCUCUAUUUUUUUUAUUAGAUUAUAUUUGAAGCUUUUCAUGGGAAAAGUUAAUGUGAAUAUUAAGGAAUUUGGUCCUUCAGUGACCUGUGUAGUUAAUUCAUUUGUGCUUCUUAAGUCACAGCAAAUAUGGAGAACACAUUUCUAACCAUUGUCUUCUUCAGUGUUGGUUGAAAGCUUGGACCAACCCCAGACUUCUUUAAUGAAACUAACACAGCCAGGGAAGCUAAUCUAAGAAGGGCACAGGGAGUUUGACAUCUCAUGUCCAAGUCAGAGGUAAAGCCAUUCACUACACUUCAAAUUGGUGUUUGCUAACAUUUUUGUAGUCACAUUUGUAAAGUCUGUAGUGGGUAGAUAGAUACCAUUGUCUCACAUUUAAUUUACUGAAUCUGUCCUAUCUUUUGCAUGCUUCAACUGGCUAUUAUAUUUCACCCCCUCCCCAAUUACCUGCUCCCUCUCCAAAGACUCUGUUCAUAAUUUUAUAACAAUGUUGUAAAGUUCAGAUGUAUCAAUAAAAAAACAAGUUGAACAGUGUUUAUAUAUUUCAAAUACAUUGAAUUAUACAAAUUAAAGUAUAAGCCAUAAAAUCUUUCCAUGUCCCACUUAGGAUUACUCUUGACUUUCUGUAAACCAGCCUUUAGAAUAAAGGAUUUUUGUUAAGAAUCUUGUUAUUUUUAGGUUAUUGUAUGUUAUCUAAGUUAAAGCAGAGUGCCACAAUAAAGUGAGUUGUGCUUAUAUUCUCAUUGUAAGGUAUGGUUGUUGAAUGAAAAUAAAACAAAGUUUAAGAUGCUAAAUUUUGUCAGCAAAAAAUGAAUUUUAUCAGCAAUAAGUCAGUAUGCUAUGGAUGAUUAAUCGUACAUAUUAUUCUUAAUUUCUUGAAUCUCAAAUUUUAGUUUGCAGAUCUCUAUCACUGAGAAUUAAUUGUUUUAUGUAGAAGUAGUGUUUUAAGAUUUGUGAAUGAUUACUAGAGAACUGGCAUCUAGCUCUGAGCAUGUGAUUGUGUGUGCACCUGAGGUCAUAGAAAACAGAGCAGUGAGUUUUUGUCAGUUCCUCUGAGAAGAUGGUGAUUGCUUGAGAUUGUCCUGCGGCUCUCCACUCAUUGCUCCUCACGUGGGUGGGACUUCGGGCCUGUGCUGGGAAGGCAAGAAUCGCAGAGUAAUGAGAACUGUCUGUUUGCAGAUUAACUGUUUGCUUAUCUGUUUAACUAAUGCAAGGCUAUUAUCCAUGUUAUCUGAAUAUUAACUUUCAUAAAUAGCCCUUUUUAACUUAAACAUUACAGAAUUAUAUUUAUGAUGACCUAUUCUGAAAAUACUCUUAUUUAUAUUUUAGAGAUGAUAUAUUACAUAUACAUUCAGUGGGAUAGAUGAUAGAAAGAUAAUAGAUGUUUUAUCCCUUAGAAUAAAGAGCAUACAUGCAACAAAAUGACAUUGAAUGGGUAUGCCUUCCAUGUCUUAUGGUGUUGAUUAUUGACAGAGUACUACAAAGUCACCAUGAGAAGACCAGCAUUCAGCUGGCCAACAUGUGGCCUAGCAUUGAGUGGUAGUAAUUUUUAUUUUUAUAUCAUUUUUAUUUAGUUAAGAAGACUUCCUUUUUUAUUCUUUUUUAAAUAAUUUUUUAAAAUGUUAUAUGCAUUGAUUGGUGUUUUGCCUGUGUAUGUCUGUGAGAGUGUUGAAUUUCCUAGAACUGGAGAUACAGACAAUUGUGAGCUGCCAUGUGGGUUCUGGGAAUUGAAUCUGGGUCCUCUGAAAGAACAGUUAGUACUCUUAACCAUUGUGCCAUCUCUUCAGCCCUCUUUUUUUUUUUUUUUAAGUGGUGCUGAGGAUCAAAUUCAUGGCUUUAUGCAUGCUUAGGAGAUGCUCAAAUGCCAGCAUAAGCCUGCACCUGCAGCCUAUAUUCCACAUAACAGUGGAUAGGUUGGGGGAUAACUUAGUGGUAGAAUGUUUGGCUAACGUGUUUGAAGUCCUCGAUUCCAUCCCCAACACCACAGUAAACAAAAUAAGACAUCCACUGAUAUGUAUACUCAUUCUGCUUUGUAGCUCAGAACAACUGCUUUCAGGGAGGAAUAUUAUCUACUCUCGAAAACAUGGUUUUCUUGUAUUCACUUAGGAAUGUAAUAAUGCAGUGGAGGCUUUGUUUUGCUUUUGGUUUUGUAGUAUUCUGGUGCUAUUGUUUAUAUGAUAAAAGUUUACUACAAAAUGCCAGAAGAGCUCCCCUUGCAUAUUUCUGUCCAAGUCUUUGGAUAGGUCAAUACUAAUAACCAACUUCUUUUCUCUAUCAAAGGACAAUAAAUGCCAAAUGUUACUGUUAGUUUCCCAAUGGUCUCAGAUCUGAAGGCUAGACCUGGAAAUAAUGGCAAGCAUCAAGUUAGUUGGCACAGUUGCCAGUCAGCACCCUACCUGGCUUUAGCAUUACAGACUUGCCCAGAGUUAGCUGUGAGCCAAUGAGAACUGCCACUGUCAAGGAUUGCUGUGGGGUAGGAGAGAUGCAUAGUUUAUGGUUUUGUUGCCUCUACCUCUUCUUUGGGUCUGAAAUCUGGAAUGCAGAAAAGCUCCCAGAGUUGACCUAAACCCGAGCAAUAUUUUGAGACAAAUCUAUCCUGAGAUUUGUAACUAGACAAAUCGCCCUAUGGAAAAACCUGUGGUUAAUCCUGCCAUUAGUUAAUACUAAUGAACUGAGGUUAUUUCUCUUGCACAAUAUUCAGGAACUGAACUUUUCUGAGAUGCUUGAGACUCUUGUUGGACAGAGGUUAAAGCUACUAAAACUUUACAACUAAAAACAGAAUCCUCAAAGUAAGUUUGGAGCCUGGGGGGAAAGGAAUCUUCUAUAUUCGUGUAUACCCUGUCCAGUUUGGAAUAUAAGCAGGUAUAAAUUAGUCAACCAAAGAGAUAUAUGUUGUAUUAAUUUUGACUUCCCUUUAUAGGCAUUUUUAUUUCUAUUUUAAAAUGAAUCAUUUAUAUAAAAUUGAUGCAUUACUAAAGUGCUAUUUGAUGCACACUAGGUUGAAUGAUAUUCCACAAAAAUAAACCAUCCCUGGUAAUAUGUUUGUGGUGAUAAGUGCUAGAUUCUUGUGAGGAGUGAGUAGCUGGAGUCAUGGCAGCAGUGUCGAGUGUUGGCCGCAGACUCUGUGGCGUCUAGGUCAUCCUUUCAGUGUCUGAUCAUCAAUAACCAUACCG